AUGUUUCCGAAUCUUGGAGAAGUACGGGAUGAAGCUGAACCCCGCAAAAUGCACAUUCGCCGUUACCUCGGGAGAAUUCCUCGGUAUGUUGUGACCCAACGCGGGAUAGAGGCAAACCCGAAGCAGAUCUCGGCGAUCCUCGACCUCCCAUCGCCGACAUCCUCCAAAGAAAUCCAAAGACUCACCGGACGUAUCGCCGCAUUGAACAGAUUCAUCUCGCGCUCAACCGACAAUGUCUCCCCUUCUACCAAUUGCUUCGAUCAAACAAGAAGUUCGAGUGGGACAAAAUGCGAAGACGCUUUCAAACAAUUGAAAGAGUAUCUCCACUCUACUACUUUCUAG